AUGACGCGCGCGUCGACCAACGGCAUGUCGCCCCAAGAGGUGGAAGAGUUUCGUUCCAAGAGUCCGGGAGAACGGCUCGCCGCGGUGAAUGCUGCCUUGCGACCGUCGCACAUCGACUUUACGAACUCAUAUCCUUACCGGCCUUCGACUGCAAAGUCGUCGUCGCCGUCGAAGCAGAAUGGCCACCGUAGCGAGGAGAGCGAUUCCGACGAGGAGGAGGCAGGACUGCAAAUGGCAACUACAAAUGGACGUGGCCCAAACAGAGGUAAGCCUGUUCUCUCGCGGGCCACGAGCGAGUUUGGGGGGAGCCGGCAGCAGCAGCAAGGUGUCAGUGCAAGUGGAAGUUGGGGUGAGGGACGUACGGGCAGUGAGGGACACCGACGGCGCAACGGCGUGGGCGAGGCCAACAUGCGACAUGGCUGGGAAGCGCAGCUGCUCAAUGAGGAGGUCACACGCAAUCUCAGCGAAAACUUCUUCAUGUACUACGAGGACAAGCGACACGACUCUGCAGGAAAUCUUCCGGAACCCGGGGACGAGACGGAGGUGCUGCAAGAAUGGCGAAUGAAGGAUCGCCUUAAGACUGUCUCGGCGUUACUCGCCGUCUGCUUGAACGUUGGCGUUGAUCCUCCGGAUGUUAUCAAGACCAACCCUUGUGCCCGACUGGAGUGCUGGAUCGACCCAGUACCGCCGGAGAGCACCAAUCAAAACUCCAACAACACCAAUGCACAGAUUGGCAAGAACUUACAAUCACAAUACGAGAACCUUUCCCUACGUACAAGGUACAAGGUGAUUCUGGAUCCCACCAUUGAGGAAUUGAAGAAGUACACAAUCCAGCUCAGACGGACUGCCCAUGCGGAACGCCUUCUCUUCCAUUACAACGGACACGGCGUACCCAAGCCUACCUCCAGCGGAGAGGUAUGGUGCUUCAAUCGCAGUUAUACGCAGUACAUCCCGAUCAGUCUCUUUGACAUUCAGGAGUGGGUCGGCGCUCCAGGACUUUGGGUUUGGGAUUGUGGAGGUGCUGGUGGCAUCAUUCAGGGCUUUCUCGAGGCCGCGCAGAAGCACAAUUCGAACCAGGAAGAUGCUUUGGCGCGAGAUCCGAACCGAUCGCAGCAACAACCGGCUAUAAAAUGGAUGGACUGCAUUCAUCUGGCAGCCUGCAGGCACGACCAGGUCUUGCCGACAAAUCCCGACCUUCCAGCUGAUCUUUUCACGGCGUGCCUGACCACGCCGAUAACUAUGGCUGUUCGCUUUUUCAUUCUCCAAAAUCCACUGACGUCCACGUCCGGGGUGAGCCUUGCGCAAGCAAGAAACAUCCCUGGGAAGGUCAGCGAGCGCAGAACGCCACUUGGGGAGCUUAAUUGGAUCUUCACGGCCAUUACUGACACCAUUGCGUGGAACAUGCUCCCCAAACAACUGUUCAAAAAGCUUUUCAGACAAGACCUGAUGGUAGCGGCGCUGUUUCGCAAUUUUCUGCUUGCGCAAAGGGUCAUGCGAAUGUACCAUUGCAAUCCAGUGUCCUACCCAAGCAUCACGGAAACCUUUGAUCAUCCUCUCUGGAAGAGCUGGGAUUUGGCGGUGGAAAUGAUACUAGCGCAGCUUCCCAAGCUAAUUGAGCAGACAAAAGCGAACGAAGCUGCAGCGGAAAACGUUCAGAACGGCCAGCCACAACCCAUUGCCGAGCUCGAAUACCAGCACUCUGACUUCUUCGCUGAUCAGCUUUCGGCCUUUGAAGUGUAUCUGAGCUCCGCACCCAGUAAUCCUGGUGCAGUCGAUUACGCCAAGCCACCUGAGCAACUGCCGAUAGUAUUGCAGGUUCUGCUGUCCCAGGUCCACCGACUGCGUGCUCUGUGUUCACUCUCCAAGUUUCUGGAUCUUGGGCCGUGGGCCGUGAGCCUUGCCCUUAACAUUGGCAUAUUCCCAUAUGUCCUGAAGCUGCUGCAAUCCCAAGCCCAAGAACUGAAAGGUCCCAUGGUCUUCAUCUGGACGCGCAUCUUAGCGGUGGACUCUAGCUGCCAGAACGACCUUCUGAAGGACCACGGCUAUAACUACUUCACCGGCGUUCUCGUUUCUGGCACUGGGAUCCCACUGGGUAGCAUGGCUGAACAUCGCGCCAUGUGCGCUUUCGUCAUCGCCGUGUUUUGUAAAGACAUGAAACCGGCGAAGCUGGCCAUUCUGGAGAGCAGCCCUGAAGUCAUCGAGAACUGCCUUAGCCAUCUCCACGAUAUGGACAACCCACUGUUGAGGCAGUUCAGCUUACUCUGCUUGAGCCACUUGGUCCGGGAUUGUGGUGUUCUCAAGGAAGUGUUCGUUGCGCAGCAUGCUCCGACACGAAUCGUUGAUCGAAGUCACGACCCGGUCCCAGAAGUACGGGUUGCUUGCCUACAUGCAUUGACUAGCUUCAUCUCUGCGCCUGAUUCAGAAGCGUUUGUUCACACCGCCGCGCAAGGUAACCUCAGGCGGCAGGAAGAGCACCUCCUCGCAGUUAUUCAGACCAUGGGUGUCGACGGAUCUAGUCUCGUGCGCAAGGAGCUAACAAUUUUGUACUCUGAAUUCGUUCUCAAGUACAUGCCUCGUUUCCUCUGCGCGGCCUGGGAGCAGCUCUUGGAGGAGCAGGACAAGAAACGGGGAAACGAACAGAAUGCCGACGACUUUGUUGCCAUGCAAUCCAGUGGGACAAACGACCUUCAGACCAUCAAUGGUACUCGCUCAACACACCACCGCAGUGUUUCUGCUUCAGUCUCGCAGGCCUCCAUGCCAAAGAGUAGACCGGAGGUAUCAAGAGGGACUGUAUAUCGCGCUGUGUGGCGACAGUUGAUGAUUCUCUCUGCCGACCCACACCCAGAGAUAGCACGCAACGCCGGGAUCAUUGUCGACAAUGUCCUCAACAACUUGCUCGAAUCUCCUUUGGGCCCACAAGCAGAGGUUGUCCUGGACACUCUGUCGACGCAAAUCCGUGUCGAUGUUACUACAUCAAACAACACCCCCGCCGCGGAGCAUCUCACCCGCCAAAAGUCCCGUGACACCAUUCCGGAGACUCCACCAAGUCCUGCGCCGUCAUCUACGUCAAGACCAGACGGAUACUUUGCACUCUCCCGCACCGCAAGUGUCGCUGCAGCGAUGAAGAAUAUGCUGUGGGGUGGCGGCAAGGCACCCGCUGAGCCUCCAUCUCCCGGAUCACCCACACAUACGCGCAGGGGCUCGUUGUACAGUAACUCAACAAACUACCGCUCACGGCCGCUGACACCCUACGAUGCGGCACUUCUUCCGCCAGAUGCUCUUGACAGCAUCUCGAAUCGCCCUCUCCACCAGGAGAAAGCGCCAGUCCCGCCUACUCCAUUUUUCAAGGAGCGUGACCGAAGGACUCUACCACGACUGCCUCUCAAAUCAGAAUUCUUUGAGUGGGCCGCCUCUCAUUUCCGUGAGCCGCAACUGCGCCCGUCUGAGGCAGAUGAGCCAGGCUCGAAGGAUUACAAUGAGAGGCUGUGGCGUCGUAAUCGCAAUGACAAGAUCAUAGCAUCCACUCAGCCUCUCAAAGAAGCUGCCGGAAGUCAGCCAUGGGACAAGCCUUGCGGAUACUUCGGCAUUGGCGCAGCUCCCGUGAAGAUGGUGUUUCACCAAUUCGAAAACCACCUUGUUACGAGUGAUGACCGAGACAGUAUCGCCGUUUGGGACUGGGCGAAGGUCAAACAGACUUGUCGUUUCAGCAAUAACAAUCCAUAUGGUAGCAGAGUGACCGAGGUGAAGUUCAUCAACGAAGACGAUAUUGCCAUGCUCAUGGUCGGCUCGAGUGAUGGUGUCAUCAAGAUCUACAGAAAUUACAACGAUCAGGACAAGGUYCAGCAAGUCGCAAGCUUCCGCGCGUUGUCGGACCUCGUUCCUAGCGAUAAAGGAGGCUCAGGUCUCGUGUUCGAUUGGCAACAAGGUCAAGGCAAAGCACUAGUCGCAGGAGACGAUCGUGUCGUCCGAGUGUGGCAAGUCGGUACCGAGAUGUCCACCCGCGAUAUCAAUACACGAUCUAGCGCGUGCAUCACAUCUCUCACAUCUGACCAGGUCGAAGGCAAUGUCUUUGUCGCAGGCUUCGGCACUGGUUCCGUCAAGGCGUACGACCAGCGCUGUGAUGAUAAUUCCUGCAUGAUCAAAGCUUGGAACGAGCACAAGUCCUGGGUUGUCGGCGUCCAUCUUCAGCGCGGUGGUUUGCGGGAGCUGAUCUCUGCGGAGAGCAAUGGAUGUGUUCGUCUAUGGGAUCUUCGCUUCUCUGGCGCCGUCGCUUCCCUCGAUCCUCCUGGCAAGCGCGAGACUAGAAGUCUUCGUACUCUGAGCGUUCACGAGCAUGCGCCGGUAUUUGCCACUGGAGGCAAAGAUCACACGAUCCGAACAUACAACACCCAGCUACAGCCUCUCUCCACAUUUGAGCCAUACAUGAGUUACCUGCGGACGGGUCUUACCGGCGCAACCAGGAAUGCACCCAUCACCGCCACGGCAUUUCAUCCCCAUCGUAUGAUGCUGGCUUGUGGCGCUGUCAACGAUGGGCAUGUCAAUUUGUUCAAGUGCGACGUCGAGGCGGAGGGUAAGCCGAUUGUGGAAGAAUGGGGGGUUUAA